CAUUUUAUUUGUCAGUGCGCGAUAUACACACGUAUUCAUAUCUUUCUCUCUCGCAUUUAAGUUCGAUUUUCAUUUUAGUUUUGAUUAAUUUGACGAUCGGUUUUGUCCCGCACUCGAAAAUUGACAGUUCCAUUCAUCGAACGAUAAUUGUUUCAACAUCGUUUUUUAUUUGCCGAUGGAUUGAGAAUAAUUUUGAAAAUUCUGCGAAUCGUUUCUUAGUCAUUAAACAGCGUUGUGUGUGUGUGUAGUUUUUUGCAUAAAAAAAAAUUUCUUCCAUAUAGAAUUUGCGAUAAAUUUGUGUGUCGUGAGUUUUUAUUUUUCCGACAACAUCAUUUUUUUUAUAUCAAAUCUUCCAACAACAGACGGUUUCAUGCGCUUAUUAUCUGUGAAUGUAGAGAAAAAAAGAAGAUGUUUUUGCGUUCAUUUUCGAAAUGAUCUAGCUUAUUUAUAACAAGAACCAAUUUAAAGAACAACAAGUUAAAUUGCAAUUGAAUUUCAACGAAACGGUAUUGUUGAAACCUUCAAUUUCGAAUAAAUUUAUAUUUAUUUAUUUCAACAUCUACUUACAAUUGACGGUGUAGAGUACAAAAAUAAGCUGAGUGUUGUAUAGUUUUUUUUUAAUCAGUUCUCCUCUAAAUAGCAUCGUCAGUUAAAAUAUAAAGAGAAUCGAUAUUAAAUAUUUAAGAAGAAAAUCAGUGAGUUUGAUAUCAUAUAAGUAUCUUUGUGACUACGAAUAUAUACGUCGGGUAGCCCGUGCUUUUUAAAAUCGUGGGAAUUGUUGCGUUAGAUCAAUAGAAUUGAGCAUUGAAUCAUUGCAUAUUGCAUAUUUAUCGCUUUUCCUGAAUCAACUGGCCUACCAUCACAUUGGAAUAUCUCAAUUUACGAAUCUCUCUGCCUGUUUUUUUUUCGCGUUCGCUCGAUAAUAUUUUCAAUUAGAUUUUCGAAGGAGAGAAGAGGAAAAAAGAAAUACAUGUAACGAAAACUAAAGUGCACGAAAAAUUAUCACGAAAAUUCGUAUUCCGCGAACAACACAACUGAUUUUGAACAAUAUAUUCUAAACACAUAGAAUAUCACAUUUUGUUGCACGAUCCAAUCAACAACUUGAAUUCUAAACAAACAUUACAAUUUUGCAAAUGACUUCGUAUGCUACUAACAGCUCAUUGCGAUAUAUUUCACUUAAUUGCUAAGAGAUAAAUUGAGAGCGAGAGAGAAGGUGUGUGAGUGUAAAAGAAGAAGUAAGCAAUAUUCAUCGUGGCAUAUUUUCGACGAUAGACAAAAUUGAUUAAUUUUUGCAUCAGUUCAACUGGUGGUGCUGAUAAAAAAAAAGUCAACAGAUUAAAAGAGAAAAAAACAGAGGAUACACAGUCUCACAAUGACAACCAUCGAAAAAAUUCAAUCCGAAUACCCGCUACAUUGGGCGGUAUGGAACGAUGACCAUAAGGAAUUGCAGGAAUUAUUGAAAACGAAUCAACAUGAUGCUGAAAAAUUGGAUCCUCGUGGACGAACACCAUUGAUGUUAGCUGUUCGACUAUGUCACUUGCAGUCGGUUAAAGUUUUAUUGGCCGCUAAGUGCAAUGCAAAUGCCGAGUGUGAUGGAUGGUCGGUGGUUCAAGAGGCGGUUUGUACUAGUGAUGCAGCCAUAUUAACCGCAAUAUUGGAAGUACGUGAUUUACAACGACACAUCCAAAGAGUCACUCAUGUACCACAAUUGCUGCAACGACUGAUCGAUGCACCGGAUUUCUAUGUUGAAAUGAAAUGGGAAUUUACUUCAUGGGUUCCAUUGGUAUCACGAUUGUGCCCAAGUGACGUAUACAAAGUGUAUAAACGCGGUUCAAAUGUACGUAUCGAUACAACGCUUCUUGGAUUUGAUCAUACAACAUGGCAACGUGGUAAUCGUACUUAUCUAUUCAAAGGCGAUGCCGAUUCAGCGACAAUGAUUGAAAUUGAUCAUGAUGCACAAGAUUUUACCGAAUUUCAAAUGCAAUCGGCUGAAUUUAAUUUGAACGCCGCGGAGAAUGUGAAUGGCCAACGUCGCCUUAGUGAUUUGAAUGGAAUUGUGCCAACAAUAGAAUCGGUCACAACACGUUUACAUGCACCGGUCACAACGAAUCGCAUUGACAUGGAGAAAAUAAGUUUUGAACGAAAUAAGACUGGCAUAUGGGGUUGGCGCAGUGAUAAAACCGAAACAAUCAAUGGCUAUGAUUGUAAAGUAUAUGCAGCAAGCAAUGUAGAAUUUGUCACUCGAACUCGUAACGAACACUUGAAUGAAAAUCAAGCUCGGUCUCGAAAUUCACGUACGCCAUUACAAAGUUUCCUUGGCAUGGCCGAAGAAGAGAGUUCAAAUAUUGACCAAACUUUGUUCCGAGACGCAUCGUCAGCAGCAGACCGUGCUGGCGAUGAAACGGAAGUGACGACAAGCACACAAAUUGAUGUGCCAACAAAAGCGCUAACACCCGAAGAGUAUUUCGCUGGUGAUGAUUUGAAUGGUCGUGAUGUUGGUCAACCUCAAAAAGUCACAACGAAAGUGCAACGAUUCAAAGCAAAUUUAUGGCUUAGCGAAGAAUUUCCAAUUAAAUUGCAAGAACAAGUGCUUCCAAUUUUGGAUUUAAUGUCAACCAUGGCAAGUCCACAUGUAUCGAAAUUAAAGGAUUUCAUUACAAUGCAAUUGCCGGCUGGAUUCCCGGUUCGAAUUGAAAUACCAUUGUUUCAUGUACUAAAUGCAUGUGUUACAUUUGGAAAUGUAUUUGGCUUAGAUACGCCGGUGAAAAAUGUCGUUUAUUUACGUGAAGAAGACAGUCAACGUUUGAGUUGUGUCAUCGAUGAUUGUUGUUUUGAUAUUCCUCCGCAUUAUACCAACAAGAGCAACGAUUAUCGUCGACAAUUACCAUUCGAAGAUGAAGAUGAUUUAUUGCAAUAUGCAUUGAAUCAGAGUCUAUUGGAAGCUGGCACCGAAUCCGAGCAAGUGGACAUUUGGGAAGCAUUAAAAGCUCAACGACCUAUGUCACCGGCCAAUUUAACAGACGAAGAUGCUCAAUUACAAAGGGUGCUGCAGGAAUCCUUAUAUGGAUCAUACUAUCCAACAGCAACAACGACGACAACAACAACAGACAUCACAAAUACCGGUAACGGUGACUUGAAUCCAAAUCAACAACCACAUCACAAUGCUGCCAUCCGACCCACAGCCAACAAUCUUGACACCGAUCUUGCAUUAGCGUUACGAAUCAGUGAACAAGAACAACAACUUUUACAAGAAGAACUAAAACGUGAACAAGAAAUGCUAGAAGAAGUGCUACGACUUAGUCUACAAGAGAAAUAGGAUUUAAAAAUUCACAUCCAAAUGUGAAAAUCCAGUGGCAAAAAAGAACCAUAUCCGUCACAUAGACACACACACUUUUACACGCAAGCAUGUACACAUUCACACCACACACACACACACAGCAUUAUUUGUACUAUUUAAAUUGCCUUAAAUGAAAAACAAGAAAAAAGAUCCCUUCAAACUUUAUUAUAUAUACAUAUAUCUUUGUGAUACAAAAAUUAGGCUACAGACAAACGCAAAAAAAUGUCAACUAGUGAAGAAAAGAAAUUCUUAUAUAACACUUAGCUAUUUCAAGGGUUCUUAGGUAGUAAUGCAAAUGCUAGAUAAACAAAAACUGACAUGAAAACAAACAAACAAAUUAUAUAUGCAUAAUUUUUUUUGUAUAACUUAUUUAAUGAAGAAAAAAUGAAAAGAAAAACCAGAAGCAGCACAUUCAAAAGGCUACCAUUAUUCAAAAAAAAAAAAAAACAUUC